GAGGACAGAUGUCCAGGCCCAGGGCCUCGGGCCCCAGCCUGUCCCUUUGUCCCUGGCAAGCACGGGUCCGAGGACCCCUUUGCCAGCCCACACCCUACUGGUUUGACCCAGCUGCGGCCCACCGAGACCCCCGUGACGGCCAGAGAAGGAAACGGCCAGAGACGGAAGCACGUGGAGGUGCCAACGGCGACGAGACGGAGACUGAGGCCGGCUGGAAGAGUCCUGCCCGGGGAGCCUCCGAGCACCUGUGGACGGCGGCACCGGCUGCGGGGGGCUGCUGCCCCCUGCUGGUCACGCGCGGCACUGUGGGCUGUCCGCUCGGCCGAAUCGGCAGGACCUUGAGCCUCUCGGCUGCAACAGAGCCCUUACCGCCCCGCGGGCCAAUAGCCCCGGGCGCCCUCCCAGUUCCCGGCGCCGCAAGCCUGCGCCUCCGGGCCGCGCGGCCGCGGAACUACAACUCCCGAGAGGCGCCGCGCGCGUCCUGGCCGCUGAUUGGCUGCGCCGCGGGGCGGUCUCGCGGGGCCCCGGGCCAGCGCCGUCGGCACCUACAGGGCCCGCCCACCUUUGGGCUCUUGCUGGACAUCGACGGAGUGCUGGUGCGGGGCCACAAGGUGAUCCCUGCCGCUCUGGAAGCAUUCCGCAGGCUGGUGAACCCUGAGGGGCAGUUGCGGGUGCCUGUGGUUUUUGUCACAAAUGCUGGGAACAUCUCACAAGACCGCAAAGCCCAGGAGCUGUCGGCUCAGCUGGGGUGCAAGGUGGACACAGACCAGGUCCUCCUCUCCCACAGCCCCAUGAAGCUCUUCUCGCAGUUCCAUGGGAAGCGGAUGCUGGUGUCUGGGCAGGGGCCCCUGCUGGAAAAUGCCCGAGUACUGGGCUUCCGGAACCUGGUGACCAUAGAUGAGCUGCGAAUGGCCUUCCCUGUGCUCGACAUGGUGGACCUGGAGCGGCGGCCCAAGACUACGCCGCUGCUGAGGACCGACUUCCCCGCCAUUGAAGGGGUGCUCCUCCUGGGGGAGCCUGUCCGCUGGGAGACCAACCUGCAGCUGAUCAUGGAUGUCCUUCUCAGCAACGGGAACCCCGGGACUGGCCUGGCCACAGUCCCCUACCCACAUCUCCCUGUCCUGGCCAGCAACAUGGAUCUCCUUUGGAUGGCUGAAGCCAAGAUGCCCAGGUUCGGCCACGGCACCUUUCUGCUGUGCCUGGAGGCCAUCUACCGGAAGGUGACGGGCCGGGAGCUGCUGUACGAGGGCCUGAUGGGGAAGCCCAGCCUCCUCACCUACCAGUACGCGGCGGCCCUGAUCCGGCAGCAGGCGGAGCGGCGGGGCUGGGCCGGCCCCAUCCGCAGGCUCUACGCCGUG